ACCAGUAAAGUGGCUAAUGUUAUAUUCUGUAAGAUUGGUCCUUUCAAUACAAACAGUCAAACGCGGUCUUGAAUACUGACUCGCCAGAACAUUGGACAGGCCGAGAGCACGGUUUGUCUCUCUCUCUCUCUGUUACUCCCAGGGGUCAUUGCUUGGCACACGUCCGCUAAAUGUAAAUUCCAGGGAGCAGACGAGGGCUCAAGUGGUCGGACGAUGAGUGAGAACAUUUGUUAACUUGGUAUUACGAAUGGCAGUGUGUGUGUAUUGCAUCAGUCUGUACAGAGCAUUGCAUUUUUAGCAUUUUUUUUUGUCAAUUUUUUUGCAGGAUUUUAAAUAAAACUGCCAAGGUACUUGAGGUCGAGUGUUCGGGUUUCUAUUCUCCGUUUCGGAAGAGGAUGCAUGCAAUUGUUUCCACCCACAAACAUCACUUCAGCAUCGGUGUAAACCGUUAGUGUGUGAAUUCCGCCUCUAGUCAGCUCCCAGUUGCAGAACUCACCGGAGACCCAGGAACCACAGCCAGGCUCAAACAGCCCUUCAACAUUCGGCCUCGCAAAGCAGCAACGAGCAGUGAGGUGGGAACGCAGCGUUGGUGCUGCCCAGCCCUCCGCAGCCAUUUGGUUUUGCCAUGUCCGGGGGAUUGAGGUUCAAUUCCUGGAGGCCAGGCCGAUCUUGUGUAAUUGGAAGACUGUGAUGCCUGCCAGAGUCGAAUGGCGCCAGAUAAGUUCAGGCCGAGGGCAGCAAGGAGUCCAAGCUCCAUACAGUCUCGGUUUUUGAUGGAUGUCGGGAUGUCCAGCGAUCCCAAUGGAGCUCCGACGAGUGUCCAGGCACCGUUAGCGGGAACGGAGGAAUCGGCCGUGGGUGCCAGGUUGGAUGGGAUGGACCAAGGCUCCGAAAUCACGGACCUCCCAGAGGACCGGGACUCUCCUCCAUCGCUGCGGGAACAUCAGGAGGGACUGACUGUUGAAACGAGCCUCGUGGGCCCUGGGGAGACAGAGCCGGCCCAGCAGGCCUCGACUCCUGAGGAAGUGAGUGGUGACCGUGGGUCAAGCUCCUCUGCAGCGGGUAGCGAUGAGUCCCAAAUCUGGGAAGAGCCCACGGAGGGCGGCGAGCAACCUGGUGACCAGCUCCCCCACACUCAGCCAGUGGAGAUGGACGUUGAGGAGAUCGGGAGCGAGAGCCUCCAGGACGAGGUGACUGGACUCCGCAAGCGGCAGCUCCCAGAGACCCCGGCUGGCAAACCUGCGCCGAGGGUGCCGGUGGCUGUGACUGAUGAGGAUGACAGUGGCGGCAUCACCCUGAAUAAGUGCCUCCUGGUGGCCCUGCUCCUGGUGGGCGUCGGCUUUGGCAUUUUUGGUUCUUUCAGUCACCUUGAGCCUGACCCAGAGGGCGAGGAACCAGAAGCUGGACCACUUUACAAGCGGGAGGUGGAUGGACAUUUGCCCGGUGACCUGGAGUUCCCCACCAGCGACCAGGCAUGGAUCGCCGAUACUGCUGAAGGAGCUCCGAGUGCCAUGAUAUCUUUGAGUGCCCUGCUGGAGAAGCUGGCCAGUGAGAACCAGCAGAUUCGGAAGAUGCACGUGGAUCUACAGGGGCAGAGGGAUGAGCUGGAGGGUUUGCUGAGGGCGAGUGGAGAGCGGCUGCCGGUGGAGUCGCAGCAGAGCCUGAGGCAGCUGGCCCAGCGCCUGACCGAGCACCUGUCCCACGAGGAGGGCGCGCUGUCGGCCCUGCAGGGGGAGCUGCGGGGCCUGCGGGAGAGGCUGGACGCGGCGCAGGGAGCCCGUGCCCGGCCCGGCGAGGGUCAGCCUGCGGACGGGAGGAGCGUGGAGAGGCUCCUGGCCCAGAGGGAGAACCUGGCGGCCGAGGCCCUGAUGCUGCGCCAGGAGCUGGACAAGCAGCGAGGCAUCGUCGCCUCCAUGAGGCAGGCCCUGGAGAGUCUGAUCGAGCGGGUCAGCGCCCUCGGGGUAGCCCUCGAGACCCCGGCCAUCCUGGAGGGGCUGGAGGAGAUGGAGCAGAGGCUGGCCUUCGAGCUGGAGCGCUCGGAAAUCUGGGAGAAGGUCUACGGGACGCCCAGGGAGAAGAGGAAGAAAGCGAAGGAGGCCGAGCCGGGCGCAGGCGACUGGCAGGAGGCCGAAGGCCAAACCGGCCGCCCGAACGAGCCCUCGCCCAACGCCACGGAGCCGCGCGGGGAGGAGGCAGUGGACGCGGACGCCCCGGUCUCGGACGCCCCUGUCUCGGACGCCACGCGGGAGCAAGGCCCAGGCGCUCCCCUCGCCGCCCCCGCCGAGCCCACGGCCCAGGGAGACCCCCCGGCGGGCGGGGGCCAGGGGAGGGCUGCCGGAGACAGAGCGUGGAGGGAGAGCGCGGGGAAGGCCUGGGAGGGCGGAGGAGGAGAGGGCGGGGAGCGGCGAGACUGGCCGAGGGGCCAGAAGGGGCACCCGAGGAAACCCGAGGGCGGCAAGCGGGCGGAGGAAGACGUGAAGGCCAAAGAGCACAAGAGGCGGAAAGAGACGGAGAAGCACCGGAAGAGGGAUGAGGGGAAGAGGCGGGACAGCCAGGGCGAGCACCGCCACCACCAGCACAAUAAGUUCUGGAAGAAGGACAAGCUAUUGAUGCGCCCGAAGCAUCGCUACGGCGUUCCAGUAGGCUGCGCGGACGUGGGCAGCUGUGCCCGCCAGGAGGGCGUGGACCUCUUCGACGUGGCCCUCGAGCCGGUCAGGGCCGAGCAGUUCCUCGGGCUGCUGAACGAUUACAUCCGGAGCUCCGGGCUCGGGGGGUCCUGGGGCGACGAGCUCCGGCAGCUGGUCGGCCCCUUCUUCGAAGAUGGCGUCUUCGUCCACCAGCGGAUGAGGUUCGGCGACUUCCUCGACGACCUGGACGACUACAUCGAGGAAAUAGCGGAGAAGGUGUUCGGAGAUGACGAUGCCGUCGAGGACUUUGAGGACUACGUCUUCAGGGGCCUGUUGGGGGACGCGGCCCGGAAACGCAGAAGCACCAAGAAGGAUAAGCGGAAGAACGUGGAGAGAGAGCGUAAGGACCAAGAAGGUUCUAGAGCAGCGAGGGACAGCAACCAUCACCGCCACAAAGAGUGGGACAGCCAAUGGCGACCCAUGAAGAGCAGGGCAGAGGACAAGGGCAAAACACAACUUGAGACUUAGCAUCCAGACUCAGACUGUGAGUCUGUGUGUGAAUGUGAGUGUGAGUCUGUGUGAGUGUCUGUGUGUGUUUUUUGAUGUUUUCCAUGUACGAUGGUAGAGGAAAGAGGCAAGAGAGUGCAGUCAUGUAUGGUUAUCACCUGACUACCCCUCCAGCCCCUCUCCCUCACUGCCCCUCUCGUUUCACCCACACUCUCUCUCUGUCGGUCAUUCUUUCUCUCUCUCUCACUCUCUAUCAUGCCUUGGAGUCAAAAGGUAAUCGGUUCAAGUCCCCACUCCAUCGCUUCGAGCCCCAUAAUCCAGGACGACAGUUCCAGUGCCAGUACUGAGGGAGUGCCGCACCAUCGGAGGGUCAGUACUGAGGGAGUGCUGCGCUGUUGGAGGUGCCAUCUUUCAGAUGAGACAUUAAACUGAGGCCCGUCUGCCCUCUCAGGUGGAUGUAAAAGACCCCGUGGUUCUAUUGGAGAAGAGUGAGGGCAGGUUGGUGUGGGAAUUCUCUCCAGUGUCCUGGGGCCUGAUCCUUGUUCCUCCACUGAUACCACUGAAAAUAGAUUGUCACAGGGAUGAUAAGUUGAGAGAGAAUUUUCCUGCCCACAGUGCAGGGGGUCACAGCGCAGGGGGUCACAGUGCAGGGGGUCACAGCGC